AUUUAAAUACGAUUUAAACGCUAACGGUCGCUGCGCGCGCUGAUGGCUGCUGGUCGCUUGCAGGGUAGGAGAGACAGGAGAGAGAAAGAAGCACUAGAAAUGAGGAUGUUUACAUUGAAUACGCGACGAUGUUUUAAAUAUUUUAUGCAGGUUAUUGAUUUAUGUUUCGUGAACCAGUGCUGUGAGAGGUGAAUGCGACAUUCAUGAGCUUUUGGUGGUUUAAGAUAUGGCUUCUCGUUCAGAGGUACGUGGGUCGGAGAGCUUUAAAAGCAUGCCGGGCUCUGGUUACGGCGUCCGUUCCUACCUACACUAUUUCUACGAGGAGUGCACGGCCUCCGUGUGGGACCAGGAGGAUGUGCAGAACCAACGCUCAUUCAGGUGGUGGAGUUCAGGCCUCUGCAAGGUGUCCCUUGCACUUGGAGCAGUAGUGUUAGCCGUUGGAUUGGUGGUGUUGGUCGUGGGUUUCUCCGUUCCGUCCCGGAUCGAGGCGUUCGGUGAGGGCGAGCUGCUCUUUGUGGAUCGGCAGGCCGUGCAGUACAACCACGGCCUGAACGUGUGCGUACAGGCCGGUACCGGGAUGCUGAGCCUUGGGGGGCUGAUGUUGGCCGCUGGCCUGCUGUUGUCUGCUUUCUCCGGAGCAACACCUCGUCCACUUCCUACAGGGAGAAAGAAGGGGAUGAUGGGAGGUGGAAGUGAAGAAGGUGAAAGGAGUCCGGCAAAAGUAGUCAGUAAAGCUCCCAGUCCGGCAGCAGGUGAUGGAUCUGUGCCCAUCACUCUGUAUAAAGUGGAGAAUGUUCAGCCGUAAGUGAUCCCUAAAAAAAGCGACCCCAAGACCUGGGAGCAUCUAGUCAGUUUGGCUCUAAUGCAGUACAUACAGCAACCUAGAUUGUUUAUUUGAUAGUUGAAUAAUUUCAGUUCACUUUGUGGCAUUGCCUCUUAAUUCCAUGUCAGUUAUUAUGAUCGACUAUAGCUGGCAACCUCUAAGUGCCCAUAUAAAUAGGGCUAACUGCGUCCAUUAAAAGUAGCAGUGGUAUUCUGCUGGUUGGGUUUAUUUUUAGAGGAUAUUUAGUUAGAUGUAAUCCAAGAAUCACGGUGUAUCUCUGUACUGGCAUGAGAUUGAAGCUGACUUGGUGUCCCCAGGUCUUUCCAUACUACUGAAAAAAGGGGAAUCAUUGAUGUUGGAGUGAAUGGUAAAAAUGAUCGAAUCUUUCUUGCGUUUCUAAUUGAUUUGUUUUAAUGUCACAAGUUUCAAAUUCUUAAUUCAUUCAUUGUUUACCACCAAUUUAUCCGGGUCAGGGUCGCGGUGGGUCUGCUUUAUUGGGUGAAAUGCAGCAAACACCCUGGACAGGGUAAUUUCUAGUAGCUUUAAUUGGCCUGACUGCAUGUCAUUGGACUUGUGGAAGGAAACGGGAGCGCCCGGAGGAAACCCACACUGACACAGGGAGAACAUGCAAACUCCACACAGAAAGGAAAUCAAAUCCAUGCCCUUUUUGCUGUACGGCAAGGCACUACUUUAUAUAUAUAUAUUGUUUAUGCAUUUUCUCCCUUUUAGGGAGAUGCUUCAUAUCCACCAAUGCCGAUCCCCGCUCUGAUUGAUGAGAACGAAGCUAACCCACACACGGGCAGAAGCCGUAUGCAUUUUGUCACCUACACUUUGACGAAUGCAGUGCAGCUCAGCACUGUGUACGGAGAGACACACCCUGAGAGCUCUCUUUCCUCACCUCUGUGCAGGCGCCAUCAAUCAGCCAGCAGAGGUCGUAACUGCACCAGUCAUGGGAGAGAGACCCCAUCCGGCUUAGUCCCGCCCAUAUCUGAACAACAGGCCAAUCGUCGUUCAUGUGGCCGCUCAGCCUCAGACGGCAGGCAGAGCCGAGGUUCGAUACGAUGUAUUCGAGAUCCCAGCUCUGGUUCCAGCGUGUGUCUUUACCGCUGCGCCACCUGAGCGGCCGGCAAGGCACUACUACCCACAAUUUCAAAUUAGCGUUUGGAAAUGUAUUUUUUGCAGUAUUUUAUGAUCGGUGGGCAUCGUAGUGGCACAGCUACAGCUGGUAGAGUGGAGUCUUCACAGCAACAUGGGUCCUGUACAAAAGUGGGUUUAAUCCUGGUCUCCGGAUACUCUCUGUAAAAUGUUUAGCAUGUUCUCUCCAUGUCUGUGUGGGUUUGCUUAAUGUAUUUAGGUUCUACUCUUUUCAACAUGCAGAAAUCAGACUGACUUAACUUAAAUGAACACACAAAGUGUCAUUAGUACUCAUUACAAAUCCAUCCACUUUAACCUGUAAUGGGUUUUAUUCCUCAUUAAUGUUCCGAGUUCCGUUUGAUUGCGUAAUUAUUUGUGUAUUUCAGUAUUUUCUGUGAGAAAUGCUUGUAACGUGAAGGAAUAAAUGAUCAGCAUACUCAAAUGUC